AUAAUAGUUAGUCAAAUGGAAAAAAGGUGAAGACCACAUGCUGAAAUUCUUUAAAAACUCAAAAUUUAAAGAGCAGAAUCAUUAAUGAUACGAGACCUGGACUGUGGGAGGCUUUUUGAGCAUUGAAAUCAUUAAAGCGAGUCGAUGAGAGACAUUGGCUCUUUAAAGAUGAUGGCGGAUAAUUCUUCGGAUUCCACUCCAAAUCUAACCACGCUAAAUACCGAUAAAAACUUAAAAGAAGCGCUAUCUAACCCAGUGGUAGCCAUAACAUCGACUUUACUUCUAAUUCUGAUGGUUUUGAUAAUACUAGGAAAUCUUAUGGUUAUUAGAACGGUUUAUGUGACUCCUAAACUACAUUGUCCAGCGUUUUAUUUCGUUAUCAGUCUUGCAGUAGCAGAUUUCAUGGUUGGAUUUCUCGUACCACUUUCUUUGGUUUACAAUAUAUCAAGUGAAAUGACGGGUAAAUGGAUGGCAGGAGAAAUAGCCUGUGAUGUCUGGACAUUCGCGAACAUUUGGUUCGUGUGUGCGUCGCUACUAAAUCUCUGUGUUGUCAGCUGGGAUCGUUACAUAGCUGUGACGUCACCGUUGACAUACAAAUUCGUCAUGCAUGGUAAAAAGAUCAAGGUGUUUAUCGUAAUAGUUUGGUCGCUGUCUCUUUUGAUGGCAGUUAUCUACACGGUGGAAUUCAAAUUGUCCGAAGAAAGACGUCUUUGUGUGGCAACCAGCGGAUUGACACUCGAACAAACUGUACCUUCGGUCAUCAUUAUCUACGUAAUCCCUACCCUCUUUCUUUUGUUCGUCAAUGGAAGAGUAAUACAAAUAGCUCGUAAACACCGGAGACAUAUACAAAUCCAAGAAAUUACUGUAUCGAAUUUAUCAGUAUCUAAUCCACAUGAAGCAAACAGAAACAUGCGAUUAAGUGCUAUCGUUAACGAACUAAAAACUUUCAAAACGUUUGUCAUCGUCAUUGGAACAUUUGUUCUGUGCUGGUCGCCAUUUUUCUUGCUUACAUUGCUGAAUCACUUCGUAGAGCUACCUUCUAAAUUACCACAUGUAGCAGUGAUUCUAUUCUAUGUUAAGAGUGGAUUAAAUCCGAUGAUCUACGGUACGCAUAAUAAGGAACUCAGAACGGCGGCCGCCGACAGCUUGAACCGACGAAGACGUAUCGAAUCGAAUUCGUCGGAACCGGAAACGAAUGACUUGCCGACUGAACUACCCGAGAGUGACGUAAUAAUACCGAAUAAACUACGAGAGAAUUACGUCGAGACGACGGCGAAUGACUUACGAGAUGUUAACGAAGCAAUACCGAGAACCAAUACCGCUCUACGAGAAAUGAACAUACCAAUGUCGAAUGAACUACGAGAGAAUGAUCUUAAAUCGGUGAACGACGCCGAGAGUAGAAGGAGGCCCCCAUUACAAAUUGAAGACAUCCUAGCAAAACCAUCGUAAAGGGGAGUUACCGUGAAUAGGGAGGGAUAAUAGUGGCAUUAGUGCAUUUGUCCCUGCCAUGACCGUGGGGGAGGGGGAGGGCGAGCAACCCCUCCCCUCGCCCUCCAAAUAUUAUGGUUUUCCAUUUCAAUAUUUAACUA